UCGUGCUACGUCUCCACAGGCGGUACCCACAACACGACACGGUGAUUGGAUAAUGACAAUAAAAACUUCAUGUUCUGAGUGAUUUAAAACAAAUAGCUAACUUCCUCAUUCUGAUACAAAAUCAAUUCUAAUGGCGAGCGUCUAUGUUCGGAGGUUGUUUUUGGCGUCCAGUCACCUUACGUCCCCGCGUUGGGGUCGCCUGCUCCCGGCCGAGGGGACGGCCAGGGUCCGACCUUUCUCCAGUGAGCCCCCGGAGACCAUCAGCCGCUAUCCGGUGCCUUACAAGAAAGAACUGCCUUAUGACAUAGUGGAGCUAAUGGAGGAAGUGGAGUCCAAGGGAGGUUUCCUACCCAAUGUCUUCAAAGUCCUGUCUCAUAGACCUGCUGAGUUUAGAGCCUUCUUCUCCUACUACAAUGAACUCAUGAACAAGGAGACAGGCAGAUUAACGAAGGCCGAUCGCGAGCUGAUUGUGGUGGCGACCAGCGUGCACAACAAGUGUCUUUACUGCGUGGUUUCCCACAGUGCAUUGCACCGCAUCUACUCCAAGAACCCCACACUUUCAGACCAGGUGGCCAUCAACUACGAGAACGCGGCCCUGGGACCAAGAGAGCGCGCCAUGCUGGACUUCGCCCUGGCCGUGUGCCGCGCCGACACCAUCACCGAGCAGCACUUUAAGCCCUUGGAGGACGCGGGCUUCGACCAUGAGGACGCCUGGGACAUCGCCGCCAUCGCCGCCUUCUUCGCCAUGUCGAACCGGCUCGCCCACCUCACUGACAUGCGGCCCAACAUGGAGUUUUACAACAUGGGGCGUGUACCGCGAGACAAGAGCGACCACAAGGCGGGCAAAGAUGGCGACAAGUGACAUGACAGUUUGACAUUAAGGAAGUGCUGCCAUUCUCACCAAAAGUCAAAUACUGUUUAAAUUGGGAUUAGAACCUUAUAUGUAUAGUUUAUUCUGCCUAAAAAAGUCUACAUUUAAUAUAAAUUAAUAAUUAAAAAAAGGUUUUACCAAUA